AAAUGCAAAGAGUAAAAUCAGAAUUAAAGUAUAUAAAAAUAUUAGGUGAGCCCAAUAUAUGAUCCAAUCUCAAACCCACCAUAUAGAUAACAAAUACAAACCCUAAAUAUCUAUCUAAGCUUCUCUCAUCUCCGUUCGCACUCUUCGCCGCCGGUCCUUUCGAACGAGAUUUACCAGAGAAGAAAAAAUGAGUCGAGCUAGUGCAGCUGGUGCCAAGGGAAAGAAGAAGGGUGCAACCUUCACCAUUGACUGUGCUAAGCCAGUUGAAGACAAGAUCAUGGACAUUGCUUCCCUUGAGAAGUUUCUUCAAGAGAGGAUCAAGGUCGGUGGCAAAGCUGGUGCUCUUGGUGAUUCUGUUACUGUUACCAGGGAGAAAUCCAAAAUCACUGUUACCUCAGACAGCAACUUCUCCAAGAGGUAUUUGAAGUAUUUGACAAAGAAGUACUUGAAGAAACACAAUGUAAGAGACUGGCUCAGAGUGAUUGCUUCAAACAAAGAUAGAAAUAUCUAUGAGCUGAGGUACUUCAACAUUGCUGAGAACGAGGGAGAGGAAGAAGAUUAAUCGAAUGAUCAGCUUAUUUCCUAGAGUUAGUGUUCCUUUUGGCAUGUAUAAGUAUUGCUUGAGAUAUGAUCCAAUGUUUAGACUUUGUUUCAAUUUAACAGUUUUGAUUUUGUGUUGCCAUUAAUGAAAUUCAGAAUACAGUUUUCAUUUUA